GAAGCAAAGGGAGGCGGUCGCCUGCUGGAAAAACAUCACGGAUGCACACACACGCCCUCAGAUGUGUGCUGAGUGCAGGAAUCACAAACAUAGCGACACACAAGAGGGCGAGCGUGACGCCAGCACCUUCUCGUUCUGUCUGUGACACACGCACGCACGCACACGCGCCGUCGCUCUCUCCAGCUCACACAUUUCAGAUGCUCGCCAGCCAGCAAGGAGGACGCUGCCGGACGUGUCAUUCAAACAAGGACCGGAUGAAAAGACGAGGAUUAAGCAUCCCUCAAUCCCUCCUUUCGUGCCCCCUCCUCCAAGUGCUCUCAGUACAAUACGUCUCCAUACAUAAAGAAGGAUUAUUCUUCUUUUUGUCCUCAGUAGGAUUCUCAGCGUAUGGAUCUAUUUUGCUUAUAGCCACUUCUUCCAUUUUGGAUUCUUUAGAAAUAAUGAAAAAUGUAGGGAUGCUUUUAGGAGGGAUGUGUGAAAGGAGAGAACAGUGAAGCUGCUGAGCGUUGAAACAUUUAGUCAAAAGCUUUCUGCAGUCGCCACCCUUGUGGAGGCCGCAGGCAUGGCCGCUUGACGCCUCCCGAGGAAGUCGCGCGUCAUGCUCCCCCACGGCCACUCCCCAGGGGGCGUCAGGCCGCCCUCGUUCGGACCCGUCUUCCUCUGCCUGCUGGUGGCGCUGUUCCAGCCAGUCCAUCUGUGCCCUCCCCCUUGUCUCUGCUCCUCUGACGGCAUGCUGGUGGACUGCGGGGGCCGCGCCCUCACCUCCCUGCCUCCCUUGCACCUCCUCCCUGCAGGGAGUCGCUCCCUCCUGCUGGCCAACAACAAGCUAGCCUCGCUGGGAGCGUCGGCCUUCGCUAACCUCUCCUCUCUGGAGGAGCUGGAUCUUUCCAACAACUACCUCGACAAUUUACCGGCUGGAUUAUUCCGGGACAUGAGCAAUCUGACCAAACUGAGUUUGCACAACAACUCUCUGACAGCAAUGGAUAGAGAUCUCUUCCAGGGUUUGGGGGGUCUCCAGAGUCUGGACCUUUCGGUCAAUGGCUUGGCAUCUGUUCCAUUGGGGCUUUUGGAUGAGCCAAAGGGUCUAAGGUGGCUGUCCCUGACUGGUAACAGGCUUGUCGGUUUGGAGAGGGCGGCGUUUGAGCCCCUGGCCCAUCUCCAACACCUGGAACUGGGGCACAACCCUUGGGAAUGUGAUUGCAACCUGCGGGAGUUUAAACACUGGAUGGAGUGGCUAUUGUACCGAGGUGGAACGGUGGAUGCGAUGGAGUGCACGCUACCCAAAGAUCUGCGAGGGCGAGACAUCCGCGGCGUUCCCGUGGAAAUGUUCAACUACUGCCUCCAGCUGGAGGACGAGAACGGCGGAGGAGGAGGAGGCGACGGACCCCGAGGAGGUCCUCCCUGCAGCAGGGGCGCUGUUAACCCCAGCGGGGCGCCGCCAGUUUCUGUUGGCGAUGACGCCUCUUCAAACACGGGAGGAGGAGGCGAGGCGCCGGCGGAUUGCGUGCGUGCCCGCUACCGCCCGGUGAGCGUGCGGCGCGCCAUCGGCACGGUGGUGAUCGCCGGCGUGGUGUGUGGCAUCGUCUGUAUCAUGAUGGUGGCCGCCGCCGCUUACGGCUGCAUCUACGCCUCGCUGAUGGCCAAAUACCAGAGAGAGCUGAAGAAAAGGCAGCCGCUCAUGGGAGACGGCGAGGCGGACGCGGACGAUCGGGAAGAGAAACAGAUCUCCUCGGUGGCGUAGAGGAGCCACGGACCAGGGGGUUCGGCAAAAGGGCUCAAAGAGGAGAACGGAUUUGAAAAAGAAAGCAAUGAGCACCACCUUAACUCUCCAAUCCUCAACAAUCCGUCUCCUUUUACUUCUUUCAAAGCCUUUCUCCCUGCAUUUGCGUAUUUUGUAUCCCUUCAUCUAGCCAACUAACCACUUACUGAUACUGUCGCCUGCUUUACUUCGCACCAGAGAGAACAAGAAGAUUCCAUCUCAUUUGCAACGUAUCGAGUCACCGGAGAGUGGAAUUUUCAGGGACUCUCGAGUGUGCUCUUGAUUGGACCAAUCUUCACAUGAUAUGCCCUCGAAAACCAGCUUCUCUCUGGUCCGUCUCAGGACAGUCACAAAAUGGUGUCCAUGUCCACGCAUGAGAAGGUCUCUUGAAAUAUAUCAAAGGACUUCAGAACUUUCUAGCACUUUAUAGCUCAAAUCAAACACCCGUCAUAGGUCCCCUUUCCUCCCCUUCUUUAAGAAACAAUGUUUCCCUGAGGGAUUAGAGCUAACAAGGGAUUAAACUAAAAGAUGCUGCUAUUUCUCCCACUCUUUGCCAUCCCUUUAUCUCUCCACCCAUCUUCCCAUCCCGUUGCUAUAAAUGGAAAGUCCUCCUUCCCACUUGGUUUCUCUCCUCACAUCCGUCGGUAAUACACGAUGAAGGUUGCAUCAGCGCGAUUCGAAAAUGCCAAAGCCACAGAGAAUUAGAUUUGCAUUUCGGCUGAGUAAAAAAAAAAAAAAAAAAAAAA